AUGGACGCCUUUGGUGGCAGUGAUGAAGACAGCGGGGAGCUGAGAAAGCUCCUCGCUGAGGUGACCGAGGAUCCGGAUAGCUUCGAGACUUGGGAGAAGCUAGUCCGCGCCAGUGAGUCGCUGGAGGGGGGCAUCAACAGGAACUCGAGUUCUCAGGCCAUCACUACUCUCAGGAGUGUCUACGAUCGCUUUCUGGGCAGAUUUCCUCUGUUCUUUGGCUACUGGAAGAAGUAUGCCGACCUCGAGUUUUCCAUAGCCGGCACUGAGGCUGCGGAAAUGGUCUAUGAACGUGGAGUUGCCAGUGUCACAAACUCGGUUGACCUGUGGACAAACUACUGUUCCUUCAAAACCGAGACAAGCCACGAUGCCGACAUCAUCCGAGAGCUUUUCGAACGAGGCGCAUCAUCUGUUGGCCUGGAUUUUCUCUCCCAUCCUUUCUGGGAUAAAUAUCUCGAGUUCGAGGAACGGCUCGAGUCUCUCGAUCGGAUCUUCACUAUCUUGAGCAGAAUUAUCUAUAUUCCCAUGCAUCAAUAUGCUCGAUAUUUUGAAAAGUAUAGGCAAAUGGCUCAGUCACGGCCUAUCGCUGCCACCGCUCCUCCAAGUCAUCUCACACAACUCCAACUAGACCUCGAGAAUGAAGGAGCUGGCUAUAAGGCUGGCCGAAGUCAACCUGAAGUUGAACGAGAACUACGUGCUCGAAUCGACAUUUAUCAUCUCGAAAUCUUCAGGCGAACCCAGACAGAGACGACGAAGCGGUGGACUUACGAGUCCGAGAUCAAGCGACCCUAUUUCCACGUCACAGACCUAGACGAGGCACAAGUCACCAACUGGCGCAAGUACCUAGAUCUGGAGGAAACAGAAGGCGACUACACUCGUAUUCAUUUCCUCUAUGAGCGAUGCUUGAUAACCUGUGCACUUCAUGAAGAGUUCUGGUUGAGAUAUGCGAGAUGGAUGUUGGCCCAACCAGGGAAGGAGGAAGAGGUUCGGAAUAUCUACCAGAGAGCAUCUUGUCUAUUCGUCCCAAUCGCCCUACCUGUAGCGAGGCUGCAGUAUGCAUACUUCGAAGAGUCAGCGGGCCGUGUUGACAUCGCAAAGGACAUUCAUGAAGCCAUUCUUUUCAACUUGCCUGGCCACGUGGGCACCAUUGUCUCACUGGCAAACCUCACUCGUCGACACUACGGACUCGAAGCUGCCGUCGCUGUCUAUCAGUUUCAGCUCGAUCAACCUAGUAUCGAUAUAUCUUCGAAAGCAUCACUGGUAGCGGAAUGGGCCAAGCUUCUUUGGAAAGUUAAAGGCUCACCAGAAGAAGCACGGCAGGUCUUCCAGAAUCAUCAACAUUGGUAUUUAGAAAGUCCGGCUUUCUGGAGCAAUUACCUUCGAUUCGAAAUUGAUCAGCCAACAAGUAGCGCGACGGAACAAACUCACUAUGAAGAGAUCAAAAAGGUUGUAGAUGAAAUCCUGACCAAGAGCAGAUUGCCUGAAGCUACCCUUCAGGAGCUUGUGUCGAUGUACAUGAGGUACCUGCUGGAAAGAGGCACAAAGGAAGCUACAAAGGAGUACAUGAGCCUCGAUCGGGAGAUCAACGGACCUACCUCGGUACAAAAAUCGUUGAAGGCCAAUCUUGAUCUUGGCAAAAUCCCGGAAGCUAUCAAUGGACAAGUGAGUUGCAAAUUGAUUUGA